AUUGCAGCUGCCACAAAUAUAACACUCCCAAUGCAUGCUGUAGCACAGAUUAAAGCAGAGGUCCUCAACCUGUGGGUCCCCAGAUGUUUUGGCCUUCAUCUGCCAGAAAUCCUAACAGUUGGUAAGCUGACUGGGAUUUCUGGGAGUUGUAGGCAAAAAUAUGUUGUAGGGUAUACAACAUAUUAAAGAAAGUUGCAGGAAAGUCAAAAAUAAGUCCUUUAAUUCACUGCAGUAGACCCAAUAUACCCCAGAUCCCAGGGUGAAAUCAGCUGUUCACAAUGCAGAGCGCAUUGUAGGCACAUGCCCCCACUGAAGUGCUUUGAAGGACUGAAAAUGAGGGGGUGAGAGGAAGCCAAAAAAUGCUACAUGGCUGGCAGGGGGCUAAUUGACCCCCUGGGAGGGGUAAUUGAUUACAUUCACUCCUAACUGUCACUUUCCCUUUCCUCCCACCUCUGAUGCCUCUGGAGCACUGGUGCACAUCUAUUUAGGAAGGGGGGGGCACCACAGAGCGAUUUGAGGCCAGAUUCUGUGGUUAAUGUAAUUAUCUUCCUGACCUCAAACCAAAACCAACAAUCUAAUAACCCACACAGCAAAACUGAUUCCUCCCAAAACCAGUGCCUGGCUGUAUUAUAGUCUCUGUUUAUAUGUGCCAUUCAUUGUCUUAAUCACUCAUCUACCCUUCCCACCAGAAAACACCAGAGGCAACCACUACUGUGAUUUAACAGCUGCUGGAAAGGAGGAAUUGUAACUACAUGGACAGAACAAUAUGUACAUCAUGGCUAGUAGUCAGCAGUUACCUUAUUCCUCAUGGAUUUUCCCAGUCUCCUUUAAAAUCCAUCCAAAUUGGUAUUAAUCAUUACAUAUUAUAGACUUCAGCUGUGAAGCUGAACUAAUCCAGUUCAGCCUCAUACCUUAUGGGAGGUUUUUUUAUAUAUAUAAACUCAUAUCCUUAAUAGAAGGUUAAUCCCAGAAUUCUCCUACUCCUGGAAUUUUCAGAAGAGAAUUGUUUCAAGAGACACUCCUCAACUAUGUCAGAAAUAGUAAAGACACUUGCAAGGAAAAGGGUCAGGCGGGACAGAUGGUGAUAUGUUUUUAAUCAGCUUUGCUGAGAGCUAAAAGGAGCUGCAUGAAAUGGACAAUCGGGGUCUUACUUUCCCCAAGCAUGUGCCACUAUUCAAGUUCAGCACCCCCAGGAUUUCAAUUUAAGAUGAAAUGUUGCAACUGAACCAGGCUACUCAAGGGCACUGCCACUGAUGCUGUCAUCAUUAUUUAUUUAGGAAUGCCUUAUCAAGAGGAGACUUUCCUGUAAACAUGAUUUGCCUGGCUCUCCCCUUGCAUUGUGGUUUUCUGUUUCAUGCCAUUGAAACAUUCAUCAUGGCCUAUUAUCCAUCCUUACCCUUGGUCAGCACACAGGGACAUUUUCCGAGACUUGAAAAUGUGGGUGCUUUCAAAAACAUUUCUAUUGUGCCAACCCAAGCAAUUUGUGGGCUGCCAGAGCGAAGGGCAUUUUGUCAAAGUACAACAGUUGUUGAAAGUAUUCGCUCAUGUACUCAACAGUUUUGCACUCAGGAGUGUCCAUACAGAUCAUCGCCUGCUUUGUAUACUGCCAUUCUCUCAGGAAGCCUGGGCAUCUGCAUCACAAGAGACAAAACGGAUUUACACCCUGGACCAUCCAAUAAUUUUUCAAGCUUUAUAUUUCAUAAUUUGCAGAGUUGCUUUUCUACCCCCCAUUUACGGAAGCUUGGAACUUCAUUUACUUUAACUGUGUGGCUGAAACCUGAGAAAGAAGGUGUAAUGUGUGUGAUAGAGAAAGCUGUUGAUGGGCAGACUGUGUUCAAGCUUACAACCUCUGAGAAAGAAACCAUGUUUUAUUACCGCACCAUAAAUGGGUUGCAGCUACCGAUAAAGGUAAUGACACUGGGGAGAAUUCUUGUGAAGGAAUGGAAUCAUCUUAGUGUGCAGGUCCACCUGACAAAAAUUAGCUUCUUUAUAAAUGGUUUGGAAGAUGACAACACAGCUUUUGAUUCCAGAAUUCUCACUGGAUUCAUUUCAGACCCCUCUGCUGAGGGUGAAUGGCGAGUUGGACAGAAUUUAAAUGGUUCAGAGCAAUUUGUUGGAAGGAUGCAAGAUUUCAGAUUGUACCAAGUAGCACUUACAAACAGAGAUAUUUUUGAAGUAUGGUCUGGAAAGUUUCUUCAGCUCCAUACUCAGUCUGAAUGUCGCUGUCCUGGAAGCCACCCAAGGGUACAUCCUCUUGUACAGAGGUACUGCAUCCCUAAUAGUGCAGAUGACACAACUAAUGACAGAGUGCUCAGGCUGAAUCCUGAAGCUCACCCUUUGAGCUAUAUCAAUGAUAAUGACAUUGGAACUUCGUGGAUUUCAUCUGUAUUUAGAAGCAUUGAACAACUCAAUCAUGGUGUAACCAUUACAGUAGACUUAGAAAAUGGGCAAUACCAGAUCUUUUACAUUAUACUUCAGUUCUUCAGUCCACAACCUGCAGCUGUACACAUUCAAAGGAAAAAGAAGUACGAUUCUGAUUGGGAAGACUGGCAGUACUUUGCAAAGAACUGCAGUGUGUUUGGAAUGCAAAACAAUGGGUCACUAGAAUAUCCUGAUUCAGUGAAUUGCCUCCAGCUUCCUAGUUUUACUCCAUAUUCCCGUGGAAAUAUCACUUUCAGUGUUCUUACACCAGAACCAAAUCGUCGGCCAGGAUACAAUGACUUCUACAAUACUCCAUCUCUUCAAGAGUUUGUCAAAGCCUCCAAAAUAAAGAUUCAUCUACAUGGGCAAUAUCAUACCCCUUUGCCUUGGGUUGACUCUCGACAUAGAUAUUAUGGAGUUGAUGAAAUUACAGUCAGUGGGAGGUGUAAUUAUCUUGGCCAUGCGGAUCACUGUGACACAACCACCAACCCAUACAGAUGUCUUUGCUCAGAGGAAAGUUACACAGAAGGCAAGAAUUGUGAUCGCUGUUGGCCACUGUACAAUGGCAAGCCUUUUCAUCCAGGAGAUCAGGUUCAUGCUUAUAAUUGCAAACCUUGUCAAUGUUAUGGCCAUGCAACAAGCUGUCACUACAAUAGGACAAUGGAUUCUUUCCCUAAUGAACACUAUAGAGGUGGUGGUGGAGUCUGUGAUGACUGUCAACAUAACACCACAGGAAGAAACUGUGAAUUGUGUAAGGAUUUCUUCUUUCGACAUAUCGAUGCAGAUCUCUCAGCUGUGGAUGUCUGCAAACCUUGUGAGUGCAACACAGUAGGCACCAUAAACAGUAACCAACUCUGUGAUAAGAUUGGAGGCCAGUGUAAUUGUAAGAGACAUGUGUCUGGCAAACAGUGCAAUCAGUGCCAAAAAGGAUUCUACAAUCUACAGCAGUCAGCCCCUGAUGGCUGCAGCCCAUGUAACUGCAAUACCUCUGGGACAGUCGAUGGAGAUAUUACCUGUCACCAAAAUUCAGGCCAGUGCAAAUGCAAGGAAAAUGUUAUUGGUCUCAAAUGCGAACACUGUAACUUUGGAUAUAAACAUCUCCUAAAUAUGAAGAAAGAUGGUUGUGUCCAUUGCCAGUGUAAUAUCCAUGGUUCUGUGAACGGUUUCUGUAACCCUUCUACUGGUCAGUGCACUUGCAAGAAAGAUGUUGGAGGACUUUACUGUGACACUUGCACUGAUGGUUUUUAUGGGCUGGAUCCUUUUGGCUGUAAAACUUGUGACUGUCAUAUUGGUGGAUCCAUUGCUGGUACAGCAUGCAAUCCUAAAACAGGGCAGUGUGUCUGCAAGCCAAACUUUGGGGAAAGGCAGUGCAUCGAUUGUUUGGAUGGACACUACAGAGUACAGCUAAAUGAUUCCUUAGCCUGUGUGCCAUGUAACUGUGACAAGACUGGCACUGUAAAUGGCUCUGUGCUGUGUGACAAAUCGACUGGACAAUGCCAUUGCAAAGCUAGUGUCAUUGGCCUUCAGUGCAGUCAAUGUAUGCCUCAUAUGUACAAUCUCACAGCUCAAAAUCUUCUUGGUUGUGACAUUUGCAACUGUGAUCCUCUGGGGACAUUGCCAGGAACUUUUUGUGACCAAAUCAAUGGAAAGUGUGUUUGCCUGCCUCGCCGUCAGGGAAGGAGGUGUCACCAGUGUAAACCAGGUUUCUAUUUUUCCCAGCAUAGUGUUGAUGGCUGCUCUCCCUGUUUAUGCCACCCAACUGGUUCAGCAGAUGAGCUCUGUAAUAGUCACACUGGCCAGUGUAUUUGCCAAGAUUAUUCCGUAGCUGGGAAAAGAUGUGACCACUGUAGGGACUACUAUUAUGGAUUUGAUGCAGAAAAGGGGAGAUGUCAGCCUUGUAAUUGUCAUCCAGCAGGAGCAAUUAAUGGAACUUGUCAUCCCAUGACUGGACAAUGUAUGUGUAAACAAUUUGCAACAGGCUCAAAAUGUGACGACUGUGUUCUUGAUGCUAGUAAUUUGGAUGUCCACAAUCUGUUUGGAUGCAGUAAAAUACCCUCUCAGCAACCUCCACCAGCAGGACAAGUUUUAAAUUCUUCUGCUAUCAGGCUUGCUUGGAAUCCACCUGAUUCUCCGAACUCAAACCAGCUUGCUUUCAAACUCUACAGAAAUGAGAGUCAGAUCUAUACAGUGGAGGACAACUAUCCCUAUAGUACCCAGUUCUUUAUUGACAGCAACUUGUUUCCUUAUACCAUUUAUUCAUAUCACCUGGAGACCAGCAAUAUUCAUGGAUCUACUAAAAGUGCAGCCUUGACAUACAGGACACAGCCUGGAAUUCCUACAGGAAACUUGCUUUUGAGCCCAGUUUUUCCUGUUGGGCCAUACUCUGUUUCUUUACACUGGACAGCUCUGUCAAACUCCUCUGGUCCUAUAGAGAAAUAUGUUUUGACAUGCACGUCUUCACUUGAACUUAAACCUUGUGGUCAGUAUCAAGGCUUAGAAACAUCUACAACUGUGUGGAAUUUGGUUCCAUUCACAAAAUACAGUUUUGAUGUUCAAGCAUGCACCAGUGGGGGCUGUUUGCUGAGCCAGAAGGUAGCAAUAGUUACUGCACAGGCCCCACCCGAGGAGCAGGAACCUCCAGUCGUCAGCACCAUCAGCGCUACAGAACUUGCUGUCAAAUGGGCCCCUCCCAAGAAAGCAAAUGGUGUAAUUAUUAGGUAUGAACUGUAUGUGAGAAGAGCUCUGCAAUCAGAUGAAGGCCACGUUUCACCAGAGAGUCGUGUUUUCCAAACGAGUGGAUGGUUCAGUCCCCAUACACUGCUGGAGUCAGCCAAUGAAAAUGCCUUGACACCACCACUGACUAGCACCAACAUCACUGAUCUGGAGCCAUUCACAGAUUAUGAGUUUCGUAUUUUAUCAGUCAAUAUGGCUGGGAGUACAUUUUCAAGUUGGACAUCAGAAAGAACAGCAGAGGCAGCUCCUGUAUUCAUGCCACCUCCAUCAGUAUUCCCUCUUUCACCAUAUUCUCUCAAUGUAUCUUGGGAAAAGCCACAAGAUAAUGAAGCAAGAGGAGAAGUGAUGGGAUACAGCGUCAAUGUAAUUACAGAACAAAAAGUAUUGCCAGUGUUUUCUCAGGUCUUGUAUAUUGCUGAAGCACAUGAACAGUCCUAUGAAGUGACAGGAUUGGAACCAUACAGAAUGUACCACUUCACCAUCACUCUCUGCAAUCGAAUUGGUUGUGUUAGUAGCGAGCCUGGAGUGGGACAAACUUUACCGGCUGCACCAAGACAGCUUGUUGCCCCUUAUGCCAAAGGAAUAAACAGCACUAUAAUAAAGAUAAGUUGGAAUGAACCUAAAGAAUUGAAUGGGCCUUCUCCAAUCUAUCAGCUGGAGAGAAUGGAUACCUCUUUAGCAACAUCAAAUACAACUGUAACAAAAGGGGUCCGUUUCCCAGGAAAUGGCUAUUAUAAAUUUCCAAGUUCUACUCUGCCUGCAAACACAUAUUUUACAGGUAUUAAAGUGAGUUUCAGAACAACAGAACUUGAUGGUCUCAUUCAAUUCUCCAUUUCACCUGGGAAUCAAGAGGAAUAUAUUGCACUUCAGUUGCGAAAUGGACGUCCUUAUUUCCUAUUUGAUCCACAGGGAUCUGCUGUUGCACUAACUCCAGAUAAUGAUGGUGGAAGACAAUAUAAUGAUAACAGUUGGCACCAUAUAAUUGCUGUAAGAAAUCAAGCGCUGGGAACAAUCACUGUAGAUGGGCAGUUCACAGGUUUCUCAUCAGCUGCCAGUGGCAGUACCAUCAUUGGGGAAAACACAGGUAUAUUUGUUGGAGGAAUCCCACAGGAUUUUACAAUCACAAGAAAAGACACAGGCAACACUAAAAUAAUGAGGAAAGGAUUUGUGGGAUGUCUUCGAGAUAUAUUCUUCAAAACAAUGCACCACCCCUAUGAAGUCUGGGAGCCUUUAGAAUGGAAAGAGGCUGUGGAAAGAUGGAAUGUUUAUGACAGCUGGGAAGGAUGUCCCAGUGAGCUUACAAAUGGAGCACAUUUUCUUGGAAAAGGUUUCCUGGAACUCCAUCCAAGCACUUUUCAUGGUGGCCUGGACAUUGAAAUCUCCUUUACAUUUAAAACAGAUCUCCUGAAUGGAUUUCUUCUUUUCAUUUACAACAAAAAGGGGCCUGAUUACAUUGCUGUAGAACUAAAAGGUGGAACCCUUUCUUUUUGGCUAAGAAAUGGCAUUGCUUCUACCCGUGUGAAUCUCUGGUUAGGCUUGUCCUACUGUGAUGGAAAGUGGAAUUCGGUUGUUUUGAUAAAAGAAGGACCCCGAGUUUCAGCAAGUAUGAAUAAUAUGAUGGAACAUGUUGUGGAACCUGGUUUAGAGCAGCUAUUUGUAAACUCUCCAGUCUACAUUGGAGGAGUACCAGAUGAAGUCCAGAAUGCCUUUAAAGAGCUGGGAUUAGAAGAAGGUUUUGGUGGCUGCAUGAAGGAUGUUAAAUUUACACGAGGUGCUGUCGUUAACUUGGCAUCUGUGUCCAGCAGUGCUGUCAGAGUCAAUCUGGAUGGAUGCCUAUCAACUGACAGUGCUGUUAACUGCAGGGGAAAUGACUCCAUCCUAGUGUACCGAGGAAAAGAAAACAGUGUUUAUGAGAGUGGUCUACAACCAUUUACAGAGUAUCUGUACCGAGUAAUGGCUUCUAAUGAAGGAGGAUCUGUAGCUAGUGCCUGGAACCGUAGUCGCACAAGAGAAGCAGUCCCACAAAAUGUGCCAACACCCUCCAGAGUUCACUGCAUAAAUGGCUACAGUGCUGAGGUUACAUGGGAUGAACCAGCUGAGGUCAAAGGUGUAAUUGAGAAGUAUAUUCUGAAGGCAGCCAGUGAAGAUGGUACCAGCAUAUCUACUGUCAGUACAGAGAUUAUGAAUACUAGUGCAUUCACAGGGAUGCUGACAGGCUUACGGCCCUUUGCAAACUAUGCUAUAACCCUAACGGCUUGCACUUUGGCUGGCUGUACUGAGAGCUCGCAUGCCUUGAACAUCUCCACUCCACAAGAAGCUCCAAAAUAUGUCCAAUCUCCCACAGCUAUUUCUUUCCCUACAUCUUUAUUCCUGAGUUGGGAUCCACCAAAAACACCCAAUGGGAUUAUAUUACAAUAUUUUUUAUAUAUUGAUUCACAACUUAUUUAUACUGGAAAUGAAACCAAACACAUUAUCAAGGGUUUAAGCGUUUUUACAGCAUACCAGUUUUUCAUCACUGCCUGCACUAUUGUUGGCUGUACUAACAGUUCCCAAGUUACCUUGCAUACAGCACAACUGCCACCAAGUCAUGUGGAUGCUCCAGUCCUAACAGUUCUGGAUUCUAAAACAAUAUAUGCACAGUGGAAAGCACCAGAAGAAAGAAAUGGAAAUUUACUUUGCUAUAUUAUAUACAUUAACAGUAAUGAGGCAAAUGAUUCAGCCUGGAAUGUAAUCUAUAAUUCUACAGAUCUAUUUCAGGAAUAUACUAUCCGGCAACUUUCCCCUGGAACUGAAUACUUCAUUAAGUUAGCAGCUUGCACGGGAGGUGGGUGUACAAUAAGUGUGGCUACUUCGGCAAUAACAACGGAGAGCACUCCAGAAGGUGUUCCUGCCCCAAAAGCCCAGUCGUAUUCCUCUGACUCCUUUAACGUCUCAUGGACUAAGCCAGAGUACCCGAAUGGAUUUAUCACUAGUUAUGGAUUGUAUAUGAAUGGCAUAUUGGUUCAGAACUCCUCCCAAAUGACCUAUUAUAGAUCUGGACUUUCUCCUUGGAGUCUGCAUUCCUUCAGAGUGCAAGCAUGUACUGCAAAAGGCUGUGCUUUAGGCCCACUGGUGGAAGCUCGUACAGUUGAAGAUAUUCCUAAAGGAAACAUUGAGGUAUUUGUCAUUAAUGAUGGCUCCAGGGGAGUCCGGGUGAAAUGGCAUCCUCCAAGUGAACCAAAUGGCGACAUUAUUUAUGCGGUUCUUUUUACCGGCAUCUUUUACACAGAUAAAGCAAAUGACAAUUAUGCUAUUAUCAAUGGCACACAAAUUUUAUAUACCACUAAAGAAGCAAAUCUCUGGGUCUCCAUUAGUGAAUUAAUCCCAUUUUCGAACUACACAGUUGCAGUGAAUGCUUCCAAUAGUCAAGGUUACGUAUUAAGUAAGCCUGUUGCAGUAGCCAUACCUCCAGCAGGACCAGAUGGCAUGUUGCCUCCAAGGCUUUCAUCUGCCAUGCCGACCAGUCUUCAGAUUGUUUGGUCUACACCAGUUCGCAACAAUGCUCCAGGCCUACCCAGCUAUCGACUUCAAAUCAAACCCAGGCAUUCCUCAGAAAAUAUUCUGGAGUUGCUUUCCAAGCCAACAGCUUCUCUAAGCUAUGUAAUCACAGAUCUGCAGCCAUAUACAUCAUAUGACAUACGUGUUAUUGCCUGCAAUGGAUAUGGUGAUGCAUAUAGUGAAUGGACUCUAAUGGUUACAGCAGAGGAUGAACCAGGGGCUAUAGAUCCACCACUCGUAUUGGAUGUUAAGUCAAGAGCAGCGACAAUCUCCUGGCAGCAUCCAUCAAAGCCAAAUGGCAUCAUCACCCACUACAACAUUUACCAAAAUGGCCAGCUCCACACUACUGUCUCAGGCACCAUGUCUAAAUGCAUUGUACAUGAUUUGCAUCCUUACACAAGCUAUCAGUUUCAAGUAGAAGGAUGCACUUCUAAAGGAUGUUCUCUUUCUCCAGAGACAUUGCCCAUAGAGACUCUUCCUGAUGCCCCAGAAGAUAUUUCUGCUCCAGAACUAUAUUCAGAUACACCAACAUCUGUACAAAUAUCAUGGCAGCCUCCCCUUCAUCCAAAUGGGGUGGUUGAAAACAUCACAAUUGAGAGAAGAGUGAAAGGAACACAACAAAUAUCGACGAUUGCCACCUUGCCCUUCAAUAACUCCAAGAGCUACUUGGACCAAAGUUCUGCACUUAGUCCUUGGAAGAGAUAUGAAUACAGAAUCUUGGCAAAUACCUUUGAAGGAGGCAUCAACAGUAGUGACUGGGCAGAAGUUAUCACCAGACCCUCAAGACCUGCAGGCAUCCAGCCACCAAAGGUGCAAGUAUUAGGGCCAGAUACUGCAGAGAUAUCCUGGCAGAUUCCUUUCAUACUAAAUGGAGAAAUACUUAGCUAUGAGAUCCGCAUGCCAGACCCUCGAAUCAACCUUACCAGGAAUCUCUCAUUUCCAAUGAGCCACAUAGUAACCAAUCUGAUCCCUUUCACUAACUAUUCAGUCACCAUAGUGGCCUGUUCUGGAGGCGGUAAUUUCUUUGGAGGAUGCACAGAGAGCCUACCUACAUACGUGAUGACCCAUCCAACUCUUCCUCAAAGUGUUGGCCCACUGUCUCUGACUCCAAUUAGUGAGUCCUUUAUUGCUGCUUCAUGGCAACCACCAUCCAGACCCAAUGGUCCCAACAUAAGAUAUGAGCUCCUGAGACGUAAAAUCCAGCAGCCACUUGCAUCAAAUCCCCCUGAAGAUUUAAAUCUCUGGCACAAUAUUUAUUCAGGAACUCAGUGGUUUUAUGAAGAUAAGGGUCUUAGCAGGUACACUACAUAUGAAUAUAAGCUUGUAGUGCAUAAUGAUGUUGGAUACACAUCAGGUGAUGAUGUAAUGGCUACGACAUUGGCCGGUUUUCCGAAGAAGGCAAGUAAUAUCAUGGGACACCCUCUUAACCACACUGCUAUAGAAGUGGAAUGGACAACCCCAACUCAGCAAGAUUUACAAGGAGGUAUUGAAUAUUACAUCCUCUCCUGGAAUGACUCUGCUCAUGACAACUCCAUGAAAAUCCCUGCUGGUGUAAACCAUGCUGUCAUUGAUGACUUGCAUCCUAAUACAGAGUAUCAGAUUUUGCUUCACAUUUUCAAUGGAGUUCACAGCAUCACAAGUGAGGCAGUGCAUGUGACUACACUAGAUGGAGAGCCGGAGGGCAUGUUCCCUCCAGAGGUUGUCAUCAUCAACAGUACAGCUGUACGUGUCAUCUGGACGUCGCCUUCAAACCCAAACGGUGUUGUCACAGAAUAUUCUGUCUAUGUAAAUAAUAAGCGAUACGAGACUGGAAUGAAGACACCUGGGUCUUUUCUUUUAGGAGAUUUGUCUCCAUUCACUAUUUAUGAUAUACAGGUUGAAGUGUGCACAGUAUAUGCCUGUGUGAUAAGUAAUGGAACGCAAAUUACAACUGUGGAAGAUGAACCAAAAGAGCUAUCAGCACCACAGAUUCAUGUUAUUGGUCCAAGGGCACUUCAAAUUAACUGGGCAUCACCAGGACAACCAAAUGGCAUUAUUUUAAGAUAUGAUCUCUUGCGUAAGGCUCAUCUUCAGUGCACUGUAGCACAUCAACUAUCAAGGCAACAAAGUGGAGGAGCCUGUCUAUCCUUGGUGUGUGAUAUUAAUGAAAACAUCUGUGGAGGACAAUGCUACAACCCUCAAUUUAAGGUCUGCUGUAAUGGAGCACUGCACAACAAUGCACCGGGUUUUAAGUGCUGUGAGGACAAAUACAUCCUUAUUAACACAUCAGAUGUAUGCUGUGGUGGCCAGAGGAAUGAAGUGCAACCAGACUAUCAGUGCUGUGGUGGCUACUACACAAGGGUAUUAGCAGGGGAAGUAUGCUGCCCCAAUGAAGAAAACUGGGCCUCUGUUGGUAUUGGAGAUUCCUGCUGCUGGGGAAUUCCUUACUCCACAUCAGGCAAUCAGAUAUGUUGUAGUGGCACACUCCAUGAUGGCUUCAAUAAACAAUGCUGUGGUAGACAAAUAGUAAGCAAAGACUUCAUCUGUUGUGGUGAUAAAGAAAAUGGGAAAGUACAUCAACCUACACCAGGAAUGUUCUGUUGUGGACAUGAAUAUGUGAAUAUGUCAAGUACCAUAUGCUGCUCAGCUUCCAGUGGUGAGUCUAAAGCCCACAUUAAAAAGAAUGACCCAGCACCAUUAAAAUGCUGUGAGACUGAACUUAUUCCAAAGAGCGAGGAAUGUUGUAAUGGACUUGGAUAUAAUCCUUUGAAAUAUGUUUGUUCUGACAGGAUUUCAGCUGGAAUGACGAUGAAGGUAAAAGAAGAAUGCAAAGCAAGCACUUUGUGUCCUAUAUCCAUGGAAGCAACAGCAUAUUGUGGGUGGUGUGAUUUUGACAAGCAUACCCAUAUAUGUUCGUGGAUCAAGAGUCCCCAGAGCAAUUCAAGGAAUAAAGAAAAUGUAGCCAUAUGCCCAGCUUUGGAAGAGAAAGUCUAUACGGGAGGCCCCACUCAAUAUUCUUUCACAGAUCUGAACUUAGAACCUCAUGUUACAUAUGAAUACAGGGUAGCUGCUUGGAACAAAUAUGGGAAAGGUCUAAGUGAAAUUGGCAGUGCUACAACUAAACAAGAUGUACCUGAAGGUGUAAAUCCACCCCAGUGGACCAAAGUGGAUAAUCGGGAUGACAUAAUCUUUCUAAGAUGGGAAGAACCCCAACACCCAAAUGGUAUCAUUAUUCAUUACAUUAUUCUCCGAAAUGGGAUUGAACGUUUCAGAGGAAAAGAACAGAUGUUCAUGGAUACUAGUGGCAUCCAGCCAUACCAGGAAUACACAUAUCAACUGCGUGCUUGUACUGUUGCUGGCUGUGCAGAUAGUAGAAAGGUAGUUGCAGUCACUGUCCAAGGACUCCCAAAGAGUGUUCAGCCACCAACAGUUACAGCUCUGAGUGCCACGGCAUUGCAUUUGAGUUGGACAGCACCAGAAAAGCCAAAUGGUAUCAUCCGAGAAUACCAGAUCAGUCAGAUUGGGAAAGGUCUUAUUCACAGUGACACUGCAGGCAAGAUGCAGCAUGCAGUAUCAGGGCUCCAUCCACACAGAAAUUACAGCUUCAUACUUGCAGCAUGUACAUUUGCUGGAUGUACAACCAGUAAGGCAAAUUCUGCUAGAACACUUCAAGCUCCUCCUCAAGGGGUUUGGUCUCAGCCUCGUCAUGUCAUAGUUAGUUCCAAAAUUGUGGAACUGUAUUGGGAUGAACCAGAGGAACCCAAUGGAAUCAUUUCUCUAUACCGAUUGUUCCGAAAUGGUGAAGAGAUUUUCAUGGGUGGAGAAUUAAAUCUGAAUUUCACUGAUACCGUACAACCAAACAACAGAUAUGUUUACCAGCUAGAAGCUAGCACAUGGGGUGGCAGCAAUAGUAGUGACAAAUACAUCAUCCAGACGCCAUUAGCCACACCAGAGGAAAUUCCCAUCCCAUAUAAUGUCACAACAAUAGAUGCAUAUUCCAUAUUUGUAGCUUGGGACCCUCCUGGAUCUUUUAAGUCCAAAGUGCCUUUGAAGUACAAUGUAUUGCUAAAUGCUGGCAGUGCCUCCUUACUUGUAAAACCAGUGGGCCAGCCUACCUUUGCUCUUUUGGAUGGUCUGGAUCCAUACACACAAUAUGAGAUAAGGACACAAGCCUGCCAGGAUGUUGGCUGUGGAGUUGGCAAAGGAAUAUGUGGGGUGACAGCUGAAGCUCCCCCUCAAGAUUUGGAUCCACCCAUCAUAGCAGCAACUGGAUCAGCAUCUGUGGAAGUAAAAUGGUCACCGCCUAAGAAACCCAAUGGAAAAAUUAAAAACUACUUUGUUUACAGGCGUCCUGUGGGGACUCAAGAGAAACUACUUGUAUUCAUCUGGUCUGAGGGUGCCUUGGAAUUUGUGGAUGCUACAGAUAUUCUUCAGCCAUUCACCGGGUAUGAAUAUCACAUCAGAGCACAGAAUUCCAAAGGUUCUGUGGACAGUUUGUGGUCUUCAACACAAACCUUAGAAGCUCCCCCUUGGGGCAUGAGAGCUCCUUGGGCCCAGGCUGUAAGUCCUUACUCAGUGCUCCUAAACUGGACCAGCCCCACUUCUCCUAAUGGUCCUAUUUCUCAAUACCGUGUUGUCUAUCAAGAGAAGCAGAAUGAUCCAACAUUAACAACUCUUGCUGUUACAGCACUAACUGUACCGGGAACCUUGCAUCAAACCCAUUUAUUUGGUCUGAAGCCAUUCACAACAUAUCACAUCCAUAUUGUUGCUGUAAACAAUGCUGGGCACGUUUCAAGCCCGUGGACCUCCGUGUGCACUUUGGAAGCUCCCCCAAGUGGCCUCAGUAACUUUACUGUGGAAAAGAAGGAGAAUGGCAGGGCACUUUUGCUUAAAUGGGCAGAGCCUUCCAAGCCCAAUGGUGACAUUAAGAUUUACAAUAUUUUCAGUGACAACCAUCUAGAAUACAGUGGCUUGUCUCGUCAGUUCCUUUUCAGACGCCUGGAGCCUUUCACUCUGUACACUUUGGUUCUUGAAGCUUGCACAGUAGCUGGCUGCACCCGCUCUUUGCCCCAGCCGAUUUGGACAGAUGAAGCCCCUCCUGCUUCUCAGAUGGCACCUGUAAUUGAGUCAGUGAAUGCAACCAGCAUUGGAAUAAAAUGGUCUGAGCCAAUUAAUUCAAAUGGAAAAAUAAUACGCUAUGAAGUUAUUCACAGAAACACCAAAGAACAUGCUUCAGGGAAAAAUGCAACAACAGAAGAAGAGAAAAUUGUUUUCACAGAAUACAACACUGGGAGUAAUACAUUUGUAUAUAAAGCUGAAGGUUUGCAGCCGUGGACUAGUUAUGAAUAUAAGAUACGUGCCUGGAAUUCAGCAGGCUAUACAGAUAGCUCUUGGUCGGUUGCAAAGACCAGUCAAGCAGCCCCCAAUGGCUUGGCCCCACCUAUCUUCAAGUAUAUUCCAGGAAGCCCAGAGAAAAUAUUGAUUUUAUGGUCCUCUCCAGAAGAACCCAAUGGCAUUCUCCAGUCAUACAGACUACAGAGAAAUAGUGUUCCAUAUCCUUUUAGUUUUGAUGCUAAUACUUUUAAUUAUACCGAUGAAGACUUGCUACCAUAUUCAGAAUACCUCUAUGCAGUCACUGCUUGUACAAUGGGAGGCUGUUCUACCAGUGACCACACCAGAAUAUGGACACUAGAGGCAGCUCCAGCAAUAGUGAACCCUCCUAAAUUGGAAGAUCUAAGUUCUACCCAUAUGAACUUAUCUUGGUCACCACCCCAAAUUCAAAAUGGAGAAAUCACAAAAUACAUUUUGAAAGUAAAUGGCGAAGAGCUCUAUGUUGGAAACAGUUUGUUCAGGGCAGUGUUGAAUCUACAGCCCUACACUAAGUAUGACAUCACUUUAGUUGUGUGUACAAAUGGGGGGUGUACAGCUAGUAUAUCCAAAUAUUUUUGGACAAUGGAGGCUCCUCCGCUUGACAUAGAUGCCCCCAGGUUGCUGGUGACAGGUUCAGAAUCAAUAGAAGUCACAUGGAAGCCUCCUGCAAAUCCAAAUGGUAAAAUCCUAAGGUAUGAGCUGAGAAGAAAUGGAUUUCUGAUUUAUUCAGGUUUGGAAACACGUUAUCAUGACUUCAUGCUGACUCCAGGAAAAGAAUACAGCUAUGCUGUUAGCGCAAACAACAGCCAAGGAAGUAUUACUAGUACUGUUGCUAUAAUUAGAACGAAUCCUUCUGCCCCUUCUGGAAUGUCCCCUCCUAGACUGCAGGCACGGUCCCCAGAAACAGUUUUGGUUACUUGGGAUCCUCCAGCAAAAGUCAAUGGUGAUAUAAUCAAUUAUACCAUCACUACUCGGGAUCUUAUUAAACCAGAAAAGAAACUUGUUCAGAUAGAUUCAUCUCAUGUUUCUUUUGGUAGGCGGUCCUACACCUCAGAAGAACUAGAACCCUAUCACAGGUAUGAAGUCCAAGUGCAAGCUUGCACACUCUUGGGCUGCAGCUCCAGUGAAUGGGCUUCUGUUCAAACACUUGAAGCACCCCCUGAAAUGCAACCAGCCCCUCUCAUAGAUGUGCAAACAAGUCAUGAUGGAUUCCAGUCUGUUCUUUCAAUUGUGUGGACAGGCCCAAAGCUGCCAAAUGGAAAAAUCUUAUAUUAUGAGCUUUAUCGAAGACAAGCAAUACGCAGUCAACUAAAUCAAGACCUAAUGCUCAUUUAUAAUGGUUCAUCCACCUCCUUCAAAGACAGCAUGCUCCUGCCUUUUACAGAAUAUGAAUAUCAGGUUUGGUCAGUAAACUCUGCAGGUCGUACUGGUAGCAGUUGGACCAAGUGUAAGACAGGACCGGCUCCUCCUCAAGGACUUCAUGCACCCCUUUUUGACACAGUAGCUUCUACUUCAGCUGUAGUGAACAUUAGCCCCCCUCUUAAACCAAAUGGAAUAGUCAGUCUCUACAGGCUAUUCUCAAACAGUACCAAAGGAAGAGACGUGGUGUUGUCUGAAGGAACCUCAACUCAGCAAACAAUCCAUGGACUCAAGCCUUUUACCACCUAUUCUGUUGGAGUUGAAGCCUGCACUUGUAUCAACUGUUGCAGCAAAGGACCAGUAGCAGAGAUCACCACCCAGCCAGCUCCACCUUCACAACAACCUCCACCUGAUAUACACAGCGUGACCUCAAGGACCGCUUUUUGUUGGUGGGAUGCACCUCGGGAACCCAAUGGUAUUGUGAGAAGGUAUGAACUCCACAUGCAUUCAUCCUGCCCUCCUCCUUUACAACCAUUAGAAAGGACUUGCAAACCUGGUCCAGUUGAAGUGAAAUAUACAGGAAAGGACCGCCAUUCCAAUGUGAGUGAUCUACAGCCUUAUACAACCUACAAGCUAAGAGUGGUUUCCUAUAAUUCAGUGGGGAGCACAUCUUCAGAAUGGAUCAGCUUUACUACGAAAAAAGAGGUACCUCAAUAUGAAGCUCCAUUUACAGUUGUCAGCAAUUUAUCUACCAUCUACCUUGACUGGAGUCACACCUUCCUACUGAAUGGACCGCUGAAGGAAUAUGUGCUAAUGGAGGGAGGGCAGCGCAUCUACAGUGGCUUUGACACCAGGCUAUACUUGCCAAGGACAUCAGACAAAACUUAUUUAUUCCAGAUAUCAUGCACUACGGAUGAAGGGAGUGCAGUAACGCCAGUGAUCAAAUACAACACUGCUGCAGGAUUUGGUCCUAUAUUAACAACUCCAGGAAAAAAUCAUGAAGGAGAGAAGAAGCAGCCAACGUUCUACACAGAGCUGUGGUUUAUAGUCCUGAUGUCUAUCCUUGGCCUGAUCCUUCUGGCAGUUUUCCUGUCCCUAAUUCUACAGAGGAAAAUCAGUAAGCAGCCAUUUGCUCGAGAAAGGCCUCCUUUAGUCCCACUUCAAAAGAGGAUGUCGCCGAUGAGUGUCUAUUCACAAGGAGAAACGCACAUGGGAAUAGCAGACACAAAAAUCCCAGGGCCAGCAUCUCCUACAAGUAUUCGUAGUAAUCGAAGCAAUCGAAGUACUUCUGUCCUUCAGGCCCCAAGUCAGAUGCAGGGAACUCUUUCCCAAAGUUCCCUACAUCGAAGUGUCAGCCAGCUUAUUGAUGUCUAUGACAAAAAGUCCUUGAUAGAAGAUGCUGUUUGGGAUACUAUCAUUCAUGGUCAAGAGAGUAGCUUGUACGUGGAUGAUGCAGAUCUCGUGAAUGCUAUCAAAGGCUUCAGCACUGUCACUAAAGAACAUACAACAUUUACUGAUACACAUUUAUGAAUAGUUUUUCCACUGUUGUAGCAAAUGCAAGAAUAUGGAAGGCACUUAUAUUCCAAGCCAUUCUGAAUACAUUUGCCUUAUUUUGUUAUUGUGCCUAUUGAAACCUUAUCAAUAUUAAUGAUUUCAACACCACAUGCUUGAAAUGUGUUGUUGUUUUUUUUAAGAUACCAAACAAUUUCAGUGUUAUGGAACAAUAUUUAUAAACAUGCAUUUCUAGGAAAAGUUAAUUAUAUAGCAAAUGUAUUUGUUUUGUUUUUUAAUGUGGUUUUGAUAGAUGUCUAUAAAUGAGCCAGAAACCUUUAGUAAAUACCACUUAAGGAAAUUGUGACCUAUGGCUUACUGAUCAACCACUAUUACUACUACUACAGUGUGUACAAAAGUCUGGUGUUAAAUUUUAUCAGAACCUACUAGUUUCAAAGUUUUUUUUUAAAAAAACAGCUUCUAUCCAAUGUUCUAUAGUGUUUGAUCAGGAGGCAGGGUAGUAUUAAUUUAAAAUGCAAUAUUCCUUAAAAAAAACAUUAAUGAAAGGUAACAGUUUGGGGGUCUUGCCUUCAAUAGCAGUCACUUAGGUCAUGGAGAAUCUUAAGACAGAUCAUGCUAACCCCUUACAACACUUAAAAUAUGGGUGUCAUAAUUUCACUGCUGUUCUAAAAUGUUUUUAGAUAUUGAAAUCUAGGUCUAAACUAUAAUUCUUAUCAGCUUACCUAUUUAGCUCUAUCUUUUCAGGUAAUUUGCUAUAGGUUUUUAUCUGAACCCCAUAGAUGCUUUAAUUUGACACAUUGAGGGUGUGUCUACACUGCAGAAUUAAUGUUUCACACGACUUUAGCUACCAUGGCUCAAUGCUGUAGAAUCAUGGAAGCUAUAUUUUUGCAAGGUCUUUAGAUUUCUCUGCCAGAAUGAUGGUUCAUCAAACUAAAGCUGACAUGAUUCCCUAGCAUUGAGCCAUGGCAGUUCAAGUGGUGUCAAACUACAUUAAUUCUUCACUAUAGAUGCAUCCUGAAUUAGCAUUAUCAGUUGUUCCAAUACUACAUUUGUGUGAGGAUGUAGAAAGCGAAAUUGAACUUUCAAAUAUGUGCUUUGGGUCUUAUGUGUUAAAACUAUGCUAUGCAACAGGAAGCCUAUCAAAUCCACCUAUUGAUUACAUAAUCUCAGAUAAGUAUAAUAAUACAGUAGUUUAAGGCUUUUAGUGGAACUUUUCUAAGAAGUCAGUAAUUUAGCUGUAAUUAAUACACAAAGCACCAAUAAUGUCUGGGGAAGUUAUAGUCUGUUAAUGUGUCAAUUGAUAAUUUAACAAAUAGCUUUCAACUGUAUGUGGCAGGUAGUCAACUUGUCACUAUUGUGAUGGAGAGAAGUUGAAAAGAUAGAGUUGUCCAGAUGCAGUUGUGCACAUAACUUAUAUGACUAGAAAUAAAAUACUAUCUUACCAUUGAAAACUAAAUAUCAGUCAUUGCCACAAUCAGUAGGGAGUACUGACAUUUCUAUCCACGGCACAUAUGCAGUUAUAAUUCUGUCGCAAGGAUAUCAACAUUUCAAGCUUGCUACAACUCAUAGUUAUAUGCAGUCAUAAGGCUCUAGCUUGGGAAGUGUAGGUUUAGACUUCAGCUAUAAGAAGAAAUUGUUACAUGUGCUGCUGAAUUUAAAGCUGCUUCAUACCAUUAGGGCAUUAAGAAGAUGGGAACCAAAUGCAAUUUAAGCUAUAAAACAGUAUGGAACUGAAACAAUAAGGAUUCUACAAGUACUUUCACUAGCUGAUGGAUGGACAGCAACCUUGUGUAUUUAGGACUAAAUCUCUCAUUUCUAAAUUUAAUGGGAACUGUUUGAAGUCUUAGCAGUGGCAGAAAAAAUGGACUAUUGGCCAAAGGGCAAAAUUAUUAAACACCAGGAUGUCACUUAGGAAAUUCAAUCAUGUUUAUAUACCAAUAGGUAGUAUAAUAUUUAAAUAUUGAAUUGAAUAUUUUCUGUGAUUAUAUGAGGAAAUGUAGUAUGCUAGCCAGACUGUAGGAUAUUGCUUGUUUAAUAAAGGAUUUUAACUUAAGUUGUUU